UCUGUCUAUGAAAACACAUUUAGAUUCCGACGUAUAAAGUUAUUGAAGUAUUAGCGAAUGUAUGUAGCUUGCGCAUGCGCAGAUUUAAAAACAUACGAGAUACGUACGAAGCAGCUGAACAGAGUUGCUAAUAUUUUCCUUGAAUAUUCGUACGCGAUUUUACUUUAAUACAAAAGUUUCUUUUAUAAUAGAUAGUAAAACUAAUUUCGAAAGAUUGUGAUAAUUUGAAAAGUUUGUGAUUUGAUGGAUAAAAGUUGUAUGUAAAGGUUUAAAAAUUCCGAGUAUUUUUAGAUUGAAAACAUCUGAGUUAUUAAACUUAUGUUAUAUAUACAUAUAUGUAUAUUUGCUUGGAGGAAUAGGUUAUAAAAAAUUUUGCGUCGCAAUUUCUGAUAUAAAUCGAUAUGAUGGCAGAGGAACUAUCGCCAUGUUUGAGUGGGAUUCAGAAAGUCGCAGGAAGUAAACUGAGUGAUAAGUUAGAGACACUGUACCGCAUCGCGAGAAAAAUAAUUGAAUCAAAAAAUGAUUCGAUGCAAUCGGCUGUUAAUUCGUCGGAAAUACCAGAGGCUUUGAAGCCUUUAGUACAAGUGGAGGUUGCGCGAUUAUCAGGACAAUUUGAGGGAAUUUGCGAGGCUUUGAAAUCCGAUGACUCUGUAGUGGUUGAUCGGGCGCUUAGAGCCAAGUGGUUUUUCAAUGGCAGCCAUGAAAAUUGUAGAGUUCAGUACUACCAGGCAGAGAUUUUUCCGGUCGUGUCUCUGCAGAGUCGACUUAAAAUUAUCAAAGCGUUGGCUAAUAAUUUAACCGCGAAACCUGCUAUCGCUGAAGAAUUUUACACUGCGGUGACUUUGAUGUACGGAGAGAAACAAGCUCACCCACUGUUGAUGGCUUGCAGUGAAUCAUUUAUCUGGAAUUGCAUCACAAAGCAUAAAGUACGGCUUAAUAAUAGAUUAGUACGAAUUUUAUUCUAUAAAUACCCAGGACUCAUAGUUAAAUAUUUGAAAUUGAGCAAAAAAAGUGAUGAUCAAUACGAACGAAAUUUACGACUCGUUGAUUUAAAUUCUCUAUCAGAUUUUCUCCCGCGAUUAAUUAAAAAAUGUCCAGAAACUUUUGUGGAGCUUUUUGAAAUGCAUCGUCACGGUUACUUCAUAAGGCUGAGCCAUACUCGUACUGAGUUAUUUUUGAAAAACUCCAUCGAUGCAUUGAUAAAAAAUCCUAAAUUAUUUAUGCCAACUCUGGAUCUAAAAACAGUUACAAAAAAACUCACUGAUAGCCAAUUCGAAAGUGUUAUUCAGAAAUUAUUUCCUCCCACAUUGGAAUCUUUUCAAUUCGAUGAAUUGUUCAAGUAUUUGAGAUUUCUACCAGAAGAUAAAAAAUUACCAUUGAUGGUAUCGGUUUUUGAAGACGUAUACAAAGUGAAUUUUCUCGACUGCACUGAAAAAAUUACACCCACAGCAAUGCGAUUACUUCCACAGAACGAACGUAUUAAACAAGCGAGGAUAAAAAUGCAGCAAGAACCAACUGAUAAAAUUUACUAUUCCGAUAGAUCGUGGAUUUGUUAUUUAGCGACUGAAGAGUCAAUUCCGUACCUAAAAGAUAUAAUAAAAAAAACAUCAAAUGGCAAUGAUAGAAGCUCACUACUUAAGCAAUUAAUUUUCACAUGCGCUAUUAAUUCCGAUAAUAAUGCGUUACUUGAAGUGCUGAAGUAUAUCUCGACGAGACAUAAAAAUGAGAGCGGUUCUAUACUGCCCUAUGUUUUACGGGUGUUAUCGCAAGAAUAUGACCUAAAUACUCUUGACCUAACGCUUGAACAUUGGGAUGUAAUUUAUAAUUUAGUAAAAUUUUUGUAUGUUAAAAAUGGAAUAGACUCAUACUUUUAUGUUACAAUAGACUUGAUAACAGCCAGGAUUCGCUUCGAUUUAGCGAAUAAUUAUUCCAUAACUGAUAAAAUCAGUAUACUUACUGAUUACAUUAUGAAGCGGUGGAAUGGUGGUUGGAAUAUUUUGGUUGACAACUUGUCCUACAAUAGAAAGUGUCUUGAAGAAUUUAUGCGAGUAUUGUCAUCGAAAAUUGAUAAUAAGAAAGUAGAUCUUACAGUUGGUUUGGUAAAAGGCAUCAUAGUAUCGUUCGAGGAUUUUAAUAAACGCAAUUCAAAAUCCAAGUCACCGUUGGAAAUUAUGACAAUCAAAAAUUACCCGUGGAUUUUGAAUUACCUUGAGAAAAUUUUUAAUGAUAAAGAUGUGAAUAAAUCAAAUGUUGAGAUACUCAAAAGAACAUUGAAAGAAGCGGAAAAAGAACUUUAUGAAACGUUGGUUACUCAAGAAGAAGAGGACGUUGAUGUGGGGUCACCAAAAGUUAUACAGUUACUGAGAAAUAAUCCGGAAAAAAUAGUGAAGAAUUGGGAAUUGUACCUAAAGAAAUGUAUGGAUGACAUGAGCAAUCCAUGGGCCCGAAGAUUUGUUAAUUUGUGUCGCUGGUAUCAAGAUUUGCCAAUAAAGUUUGCUGAGGGAUGUUUAAAAGAAGUAACAGAGAAUAAACAAGAGAGAGGAUUGAUGAUUCUGGGGCUACUGUUUGAAGGAUCAGCAUUUGCGCAGGUCGCAGAAGCUUUUGUACCACCGUCAACUACAAUAGAUGCCGAUGAAGAAGAUGCUGAAAAUGAUUAUCAGAUGUCGUCUACUAUUCCGAUGGCAUUCAAUGUCGUUAAUCCGCCAGUGUCUUUAGAUUUAAUCCUUAAAUUCUGCGUAGGUGAUUAUAUUCACACAACAGUCAAUUGUCUUGUAAAUGUAAGCCAACGAACGGCGUUACCUAAAGUUAUAUCGUUUGCGACGACGCUGAUGGACCGACCGGUUUCUAUAAAAAAACACGGAAUUCGCUUAUUUUGCACGGUCGCGGAUGUCAAACAAUUACGCGGUAUCCUGAUGAAUUUGUGGAGAUCCGAAACGCAUCAGACGAUUCGUACGUUGGUGUUUCAAAAUGUGUUCAAAGUUUUUGAAUCGAUUCCCAAUGACGAGACCUGGGGAAUGAUUAGCGAAUGUAUCGAUGGUCUUAAGCCAGAUGAUAAAGAUACUUUUGAAUCUCUUAAGAAAUUUGAUUCGAUUCCUAAUGAAUACAUCGCGGUUUAUGUCCAUAAAUUAUUCAGCCUCUUUCGCAGACUCGGCGAUGUGGAAAACGGUUUAGAGCCAGAUGUCGUCUGGUCUCAUAUUAUAAAGCUACUUAAUAUUAAAGAUAAUAUAUUAGUUCUAUUUUCCGAUGAAUUGCAUAAUGAAAUAAUUGAAAAGUAUGUUCUUGAUCUGUCAUUACCAAAAAAAGUACUGUAUGCAGGCCAUAGUUAUCUGAUUGAUUACAUUCUGACAGCGCGAGAUAAAUUAGAAGACAGAUUGAACCGUUUCAAAAAUAUAUUCGUCAAGAUUGUUAGUGAAAAUUGGGAUAAUCCUCAUCCUACUGAACCGUCAUUCUAUCCUGCAAAUUAUUUUGUGAAAAAUUUAACUGAAAAUUUAAUUAAUCAUGCUGAUCGAUCACACGAGCCAAGUCUAGUACGAUUAAUCGAAGUUGCUUUCGAGUCAUUUACUUCCACUUUAAAACCUCAGCAAGAACCCUAUUUCUAUUUGAACAUUUCUUUUGCUUCGCUACUGUCAAAAAAUAAAUUUUCGCCAAAAGAAGUUGCCUGUAAAGUGAACGAAUUAUUGCCCUCAUUAUUAAAAAUAUUUUCCGCGGAAUUAAUUUCAUUCAUCGCUUCGUGCUUAUCCGAUUAUCUCAAGUUAUACUUCGAUGAGAACACUACUAAUAAUUUGUUGGGUGUAAUCGAGGGUUUGAUUGAAUUGAAUAACGAUCCAGCUACGAUUCUUGCCGCCCAAUUUUUGUCGCUGCGAUUUGAUUUUCACAAUAGCUCCCAGUUUUCAAAAAUUAUUAAUACUCUCAAAACGCAUCGCAAUCCCACGGUAGUAUCAACAGCCUACAUUAUAAUGCACCAGCUUUUGUAAGAAAAAAAAACGUCUAUAUAUUAAUAAACAUAUUUUUAUAAAUCAUUCUUUUUCUUAUGCAAAAUGCGUUUUUGUAUGUAAUUCUGAAUAUUAUACUUAUAAAUAAAAAAAAAGCUGAUAUUAUAUAAAUUCAAUUAAU